AUGUCUGGGCUCUCUACAUCUUUAGAAGAUUCAAACUUAAUCACUUUAGCUUUAUCCCUACGACAAACUUUAGAACCUAGUACCAGAGCAUAUGAAGAUUCAAACUUAAUCACUUUAGCUUUAUCCCUACGACAAACUUUAGAACCUAGUACCAGAGCAUAUGCCGAGAAACAAUUAGAAGUAGAAGAACAACGACCAAACUUUUCAAUCUCUCUUUUACAACUUGUCACAAAUGAUACUCUUGAAAUAACUGUACGAACUGCCGCUGCAUUACUUUUUAAAAACUAUGUUAAAAGAAAAUGGAACUGGGAAGAAGAGUCUAAGAUCCAGCCUGAAAUAAGAAAAACCAUAAAGGAUACCAUUAUUGACAUUUUAAUUGCUGUUCCUACCACCCUUCAAACUCAACUCAUUGAAAGUAUAACUAUCAUUGCCGAUUCUGAUUUUCCUGAUGACUGGGAAAAUUUAUUACCAAAAUUGAUUCAUAACUUUAGUCAAGAUGAUUUUGUCCGUAAUAAUGCUAUAUUAUUAACAGCUCAUUCUAUCUUCAAAAAAUGGAAGCAUCAAUUUAAAUCGGAUCCUUUAUACAAAGAGAUAAAUUAUGUUUUGGAUAUAUUUUGUGAACCAUUUUUUCAACUUUUACAGGCAACUGAUGCAUAUAUUGAGCAAAACAACAACAAUAAAGAAAAUCUUCAAUUGUUUUCCAACACAUUAUUACUACUAUUAAAAGUUUUCUAUGAUCUCAAUUGUCAAGAUCUUCCUCCAUUUUUUGAAGAUAAUUGGGAAGCAUGUAUGAAUCUUUUUCAUAAAUACAUAACUUAUCAAAAUCCAUUAUUGGAAACACAGAGUGAGGAAGAAGCUGGCACGCUUGAGAAAAUAAAAUCUUCAGUUUGUGAAAUUAUUAUAUUGUACACAAAUAAAUAUGAAGAAAUAUCUACAAUGUUACCACAGUUUGUUAAUACAAUCUGGAACUUUUUAACUACAAUAGGAUUGGAACCUAAAUAUGAUAUUGUAAUUAUUUUAUUUGCAAAACUAGAAAGAUAUCAAGUUAUUUUCAAAAAUCUUUUUAAUAAUGAUGAGGCUAUCAAACAGUUUUGUGAAAAAAUUGUACUUCCAAAUAUGUACUUUAGAGAUAGUGAUACUCGUAGAAGGGCUGCAACAGACUUUGUGCGCAGCUUGAUGUCACAGUAUUUGCACAAUAUAACAAGAGUUAUUGGAGUUUAUAUUGCAGAAUUCCUAAAGCGUUAUAAUGAAAAUCAAAAAAAUUGGAAAGACAAAGAUGUAGCAAUUUACCUUUUAACUUCGAUUGCCACUCCUGGAACUACUACAAAAGUAAGUUAUACUAUUCAAUUAUCAGUUGAACUUAACGAAGCUUUAUUGUUUGCAAAAGAGAUAAUCAGAUUAUUCAAAUUAAAUUACAAGUAUGGUCUCACGGUAGUAAAUGAUUUAGUAGACGUUGUUGAAUGGUUCUCUGCAAAUGUCUUACCAGAUCUACAAACUGUUGUUGAUAGUGGGGAACCAGUUUUGAAGGUCGAUGCAAUUAAAUACAUAUACACUUUCAGAAAUCAGAUGAAUAAAUCACAACUAACUAGUGUUUUCCCAUUAUUAGUCAAACAUGUUUCAUCUUCCAAUUAUGUAGUUCAUACUUAUGCUGCAAUAACUAUUGAUAAAAUGUUAACAAUGCGCAAAGAUAAUGCAAUGUUCCAUAUACUCAAGAACUUUUAUGUUUCAUCUUCCAAUUAUGUAGUUCAUACUUAUGCUGCAAUAACUAUUGAUAAAAUGUUAACAAUGCGCAAAGAUAAUGCAAUGUUAUUUAGUAGGGCAGAUAUUAAGCCAUAUACUCAAGAACUUUUAAUUAGUUUAUUCAGAUUAAUCGAGUCAGGAACAACACCUCAAACAUUAGCGGAAAAUGAUUAUCUCAUGAAAGCUGUAAUGAGAGUUAUUUUCACUAGUCGUGAGGAUAUUUUACCUUAUGUUGGAGAUAUUAUGAGUCACUUAAUUGCUAUUUUAGGACAAAUUAGUAAAAAUCCGAGUAAUCCUCGUUUCAAUUAUUAUGUUUUUGAAUCAAUUGGAGCAUUGAUUAGAUUUAAUUGUCAAGGUAAUACUGAACUAAGAAAAAAUUUCGAGGAUACUCUGAGUGGAAAUAUUCCUGGGCUAGUUAAAUUAUUACAAACAUAUCUUUAUCGAUAUUCAAAUAUAAUAAUUUCAAACGGACAACUUGAGCCAAUUUUAGGCAUCUUUCAUAAAUUAAUUGCAAAUAAGAAACGUGAUAAAUAUGGAUUAGAUUUAUUAAGCUCAGUCAUUCGAAACGUACCUACGUAA